AUGGAGUGCAACUUAACUUCUGUUGAAAAGUACACUUGCCUUCAGACCAACAUUGACAUUGUUAAGCCAGUUCCACUCUUCAUAGAUAAACCUGACUGGCGGAUCUACGACUGUGUGUGGUUCCUCACAAGCCCCAACUACACGUUUAUAACCAUCGAUAUUGCGGACGCUACUCUUGGAAGCGGGACUGUGUUAUCGUUUGGGCGAGUGGUAGGUCGGUAUAACAAUGUGACGUCACUGGUGGAUAGCGUGAACCUGACAACGUCACUGACCAAUGGGAUGAUCUUUUAUAGCAACGAGAGGAACCUUCGAAUGUCCUUAUCCUCUGCAACGUACAACGGACGAGCGUCGUCGUUAAGCCUUCUCAUAAGAUUUGACAAAGAUGACGUCUGCGGCCCAAGAAACAUCAGCAUCAUCGAACCAAUUCCCUUCAUUUUUCCAGUACACAAUUUGGGUCUCGUCAAGUGUCUCUGGUUCCUCACAAGUCCGAACCACACGUUCAUAUACUUGGAUAUCGCGUAUGUCAACAUCGAGCCAAAACAACAAUUGUCUUUCGGUCGAGUGUAUAAUUUAUCUGGCAACGAGGCAUUACUUGAGGACGGGAUCUCGCUCAAUAAGUCACAACCCAAUGGAACUUCCUUCUAUUUCAACGGGAACAGCAUUUGGAUGUCAUUUUCCCAUGCGACAUACAUCAAUGAUGCGUCUCCAUGGAGCCUUCUCCUUCGGUAUGACGAUCAUGAAGGUCUGUGCAGAGCUGAACAGAGGUUGUGCGAGCCUGAUAACAAAUGUCUACCGCCGACCACUUUGUGCGAUGGUAACGUGGAUUGCAAAAAUUACAUCGAUGAAAUCGACUGCGAUAUUUGCGGAACGACGAACAAUCAUCUGAAGGAUGGAGAUUCCAUCACUGUUCUGGGAGAGUUACCAAGCAAGCCAGGCUCAUUCCCUCACUUCGCCGUUUAUCCGGGAAACUCGGAGUCGAUUCCGAAUAACACCAAUGUGUCACUUGUCGGACUGGAUACCAACGAGUGUAUUUGGAUAUUCAAUGAGCCUGCGGGAAGUCGAGUUCGAAUCAAGAUAAUCGAAUACUCUGUAUCCUUAUUGACGUUACAAAUCGGGAGUGGUGUCGAUCCUUCUUAUGGGGAGCCGAUUGCAAUCGACGUAACCAAUGGGAAUUUACCUGAAUGUGAGGACGAGGAGUUAUUGUGCCGUUCUGGGUUACAUUGCGUUAACACAUCGUCUGUAUGCGAUGGCAGGAAACAUUGUGCUGCUCACGAAGACGAGUUAGGAUGUGGUAAGGUGUUAUUUGGUAUACUUGAUUGA